AUGUAUGUGGACGACAUGCUGGUGAAGUCUAGAAUAGCCCUGGACCACGUGAAAGAUUUGGCAGAAGUUUUCUCAAUCCUCCACAAGUUUGGCAUUAAGUUGAAUCCCCAUAAGUGCACAUUUGGGGUAGCCUCCGGGAAGUUCUUUGGAUUAAUUGUGAGCGCAUGCGAAAUUGAAGAAAAUCAUAAGAAGAUCAAAGCCUUGAUCGAGAUGUCAUCCCCUAGGAAGUACAAGGAUGUGCAGCACCUGGCAGGGACUUUCAUAAAGGGACAAACGCUGGCAGACUUCAUCGCAAAGUGCACUGGAAUGCAUGAAAGGCCCAAGGAAGGCCAACCUGUUGGGCUAGUGUGGAAGCUGUAUAGGGACAGGUCCUCUAAUGAGAAUAGUGCUGGAGCAGGAUUAAUCUUGGUGUCCCCCGAGGUAAAUAGAGUUCUUAGUGCCCUAAGAUUUGGUUUUGAUGCCUCAAACAACGAAGCUGAGUAUGAGGCCCUAAUAGUCGGAUUGCAAGUUGUCGUGGAGCUUAAAGUUGAGGGACUCAAUAUAUACAACGAUUCUCAACUGGUUGUGAACCAAGUCCUUGGAAAAUACCAAGCUCAAGGAACCAAGAUGGUUGCUUACUUGGCCAAAACCCAAGAGAUGCUACACAACUUCAAAAGGUGUAGGCAUUUGACAAGCUCAACAAGAACAAAACUCCAAUGA